AUGUGUAUUGUGUACGUUCGAUAUGUUUCAAACAAUGAAGCAAGAACAGAUUAUUAUGGCUUAUUAGAUUUAGAAGGUGACGGAACAUCAAAAAAUAUUGUUAAAAAUCUAAUAAGUUUAUGGAACAAAGAUGAUUUAAGACCACGUCACUCGUGCUGGUUAUCAACUGAUAAUGCAUUCACGUUUACUGGUGCACAUGAAGGUGUAAUUACUCGACUACGUGAUUAUUUAGCAACUGAUUGUUUGGAAGUGAACGCCUGUGUUGCUCAUUCGUUUUCACUUGUAGGUUCUCAAUCAUGUUAUGUUCCUAAAACACAAAAAUCUCAAUCUUUACUAGGUUGUUUACAAGAAACAAUGUUUGAUUGUAAUAUAUCAAAUCUUGAUCGUGAAAACGCAAAAGAUCUACUUAAUACAAUAUUAGAUGAUGAAUUUCUGUUUCUAAUCCACAUGCAUCAUGAUCUUCAUGAAUCUAUUCUCGGUCCAAUCACAAAAGCAAUGCAAAAUGAUCAACUUACGUAUUUCAAUAUGAUGGGAAUGAUAAAAGAAAAAAUGAAUAUUUUAAAAAGUUGGACAUUUCAAUCAUCAUCUGCUAAUGGUGCUUCAUUAUUCGAUUAUAUUGAAUCAACAAAAACUGGCACAUUUGGUGCAUUUGAAAUCAAAUUAGGUGAUCGUCAAAAAUUUUCAAAUGAUUGUCAAGAACAUAUUUCUCGAUUACUUGAAGAAUUAACUAAACGAUUCGCUCCAUCAGUUGUUCAAGAAAAUUUAUCUAUUUUGUUUGAUCCCCAAUAUUUAAUUCAACACAAGAAUGAUAUCAGUUCAACUGGAUAUGGACGAGGUGCAAUUGAUUUUUUACGUAAGAAAUAUAAAAAUUUCGUUGGUUUUGAUUCUACUUCUGUUCGUAAUGAAUGGAAUUCUCUUAAACCUGCAUUAAGUGAUUAUAUAAAUAGUCUUUGA